CCAGUUAAACAGAAGAAGAAACAAGUGAAACGUUGUUAUCUUUGUGGUAAAAAGACUGGUUUGGCUACAAGCUAUCAGUGCAGAUGUGGUGAUAAUUUCUGUGCUACUCAUCGCUAUGCAGAAUCCCAUGAUUGUUGUUUUGAUUAUAAAACAGAAGGCAAGAAGUUAUUAGAACAGAAUAACCCUGUAGUUACUGCCCCCAAAUUACCUAAAAUUUAA